UACCUCCCCCUGACAUCUGGAAUCACAUUUUCUGGGAUUUAAAGUUACGAAUCUCAACUUUCCUGGGAUUUCAGCAAAUGAUUUUACCUUUUUAAGCAAGAUUACUCUACAAUGAAUUAAACAAACUACUUUUAACACCUCAAACAAAAUAUUUGAAUCAACUAAGUCAUAGUUUUGGUUAUAUUUUAAUGUUUCAUACCAGCUUGUAAAAAAAAAUAAAAAAUUAAUGCAUCAGUUGGUUUAAAAACAUUAAGUCCAAAGUAAUUAAACUGUGAGUCACACUCAGCUAAUUAGCUUUCCCAAUUUAAGAAAGGUGUAUUUAGACUAAGUCAACAGCUGACGGUGUAGACCUACAAAUACCACGUGACAGUAUGUGGAUACAAACAGUUCAUGUCAACAAAACGUUGUUUAGAACUUUGAAAAACGUCAAAUAGAAACAAAGACCUUGACAAAGAACUCACUAGAACUUUUCCAUGGAAAUACAUGUUUACUUCACCAACUUUUAAAUGGUUAGUUAAUUAACAGCGUCAAUGGCUUGGCGCUAGUCAAACCUACUAGAAACAAUGCACGGUUUUUCUUAAGUCCCUUUCAAACUAUUAGUAGUAGUAGUAGAUUAGCAGUGGUUGCACCAAGCAAGACUUCUUGAAAACGUUAAGAAAUGAUGGCUUUAUUCAAACUACUAUUUCUAGCAAUAUUUUGUCAAGUCAAAGGAAAGGAUUUUGUUAGACAGCCUCUGGACUAUUAUGAUUAUAUUAUUGUUGGAGCUGGCACCGCAGGCUCAAUCAUUGCUAGUCGUCUGUCGGAAGAUGUCAACGUAACUGUCUUGUUACUGGAGGAAGGCGGUGAUGACCGAGGUUAUGCAACAGUCACUGUGCCAGCAUUUUGUCAAGAAACGUGGAGAAACCCAAAACUGGUUCGAUUCUAUAAUAGUGAGCCACUACCAACAGUUUACCAACAUUUACUAAACGGUCAAGCUCAGUGGCCGAGAGGGACGGUACUAGGUGGCUGUAGUAGCGUUAACAACAUGGCUUACGUCCGAGGUUCCAAGCAUGACUACGAUCGCUGGGCAGAGAGCAUUAAGGAUGAUGGCUGGAACUAUCAACACGUCUUGUCCUAUUUCAAAAAAAUGGAGACAGUGACCAACCCAGAGUUAAGAGACUCUCACUACCGUGGACUCAAUGGUCCAGUCGGGGUCACCAGGUCUCAGACUGUGUAUAAGUUAACGGAUGUUAUCAUUGACGCCUUCAGAGAUGUAGGCUACCCAUAUAAUCACGACUACAAUGCUCAGAGUAUGGAGGGCGUGGCAAGAACUCAGCACAAUGUACAAGAUGGCGAGAGAGUUAGCACAGCUAAAGGCUACAUUUACCCAGCUCUUCAUCGACAUAAUUUACAUCUAGUCAUCGCAUCGCGCGUGGAUAAAGUAAUCAUCACUGACCGGAUUGCCAGAGGUGUCCAGUUUGUUCAACAGAAUCUAACCAGGUCAGUGUAUGCCAAAAAAGAAGUGAUUUUAUCUGCUGGUACCAUCGGAACCCCGAAACUACUUUUACUAUCUGGUGUAGGUCCAAGAGAAGAUUUGAAGGAAUUGAAUAUUUCAGUGGUUUCAGAUUUACCAGUAGGACAUAACUUACAGGAUCACCUUGUCUUUGAUUUGGCUGUAUCAAUAAAUCAAUCGAUUGGCCUUCUACCAGGUAUACUCAACUCUGACUGGGCUAUGGCAGAAUGGAAUAUACUUAAAAAAGGUCCUUUAACGCUUGCAGAUUCCGGAGUUACUUUUCAUACCAGUACCACACAACAGGAUCAGCUCGUGGAUUGGCCAGAUGUCAAAAUAUUAUUUUCACUCUCUCCAGUCGCAACAAAUACUUUGAGAUCUUUUCAUUACAGCCCAACUCUUCUUAAUCAACUGUCCGUUCGUGACAACGUAACAAACGGAUUCACAUUUUGGCCGAUGUUGAUGCGCCCAGAAAGCAGAGGGAUUCUAAAACUGCGUAGCGCUAACCCAAAGGAUGACCCGGUGAUUAUUCCAAACUAUUACACCAAAAGUAAGGACGUAGAGACGAUGCUGAGAGCUAUCCACAUUUGUAAGAAAGUCUUGCAGUCGAAGCCAAUGGUGGACAUUCAAGCAAGUAUCAGUGAUGUCGUCCACCUGAACAUUUGCUCUCAGUUUGUUUUUGACUCAGAUGAUUACUGGGCAUGUGCCGUCCGCGCCCGUCCAAGGACUCUACACCAUAUCUCUGGCACAUGUAAGAUGGGCUCGAAGGAGGACAUCACAGCAGUGGUGGACUCCCAGUUGAGAGUCAGAGGAAUCCAGGGCCUAAGAGUGGCCGAUGCUUCUAUCAUGCCCUAUAUUGUGUCUGCCAACACCAACGCUGCUGUGAUUAUGAUUGGAGAAAAGGCUUCAGAUUUGAUUCGAGGUGAGUCUUUACCACCCACUGACUUGCAUACGUCAACUGCAAACAUUUGGUUUCUCGAGAACAUCUUCCUGUGCACACUAAUUGUGGCUGUUGUAACAGUUUUGAUGUUCAAAUAGAUUGAGACAAUAUAUUACAGAUGCUAAAUCUUGAUAUUUUAAAGGGGAAGGGGUAAUAGCUUCAUUUAGUAGUAGAAUGAAUUGUAGGACAAAUUUUCAUUGUUUGUCAUAUGGGAAUAAUACGAUCAUUAUCGCCUUAUUUAUGGUUUGUAUUUUGUAUGUUUUGUAAACCUCACCUUGUGAAAUCUUUUUAGUCCAGAUGACUUUCAUUUCAUUUAAAAUGACUUUCAUUUCAUUUAGAUGACUUUCAUUACAUUUAGAUGACUAUAAUUUCAUUCAGGUG